AUGCCCAAAGUCCACCUUCUCGACUACGUCGCGGGCAACAUCCGCUCGCUGGUCAACGGGAUCGAGAAAUGUGGGUGGGAAGUGGAAUGGAUCCGCAGUCCCGAAGAUGUGCAGAAGGCAGAUAAAAUCAUUCUUCCUGGAGUCGGCCACUUCGGUCACUGCCUAACCUCUCUCUCAACGGCAGGCUACCUCCCGGCCAUCCAAUCCCACAUAUCCAGCGGAAAGCCCUUUUUCGGAAUCUGCGUGGGCCUACAAGCACUGUUCACGGGCUCAGAAGAGGCACCCAGUGUGUCGGGACUGAAUAUCAUUCCUACAUCACUCAAGCGCUUCUCGUACCAAAACGCGGACGGAUCGAAAAAGUCUGUGCCUUGUAUAGGUUGGAACGACGCUUCUACGCUUCAUCAUGAUCUAGACCAGAAUGACAGGGCCGCGCUAGAGAAAGGAGGGAGGAGUUUCUAUGGACUCAACCAAGGAAGCAAGUAUUACUACGUGCACAGCUACUCUGCCCCUUACGUGCCUGGCGAGCUGGAAGCCAACGGCUGGGUCGUCGCCACGGCCACUUACGGUGACGAAACCUACGUGGGCGCCAUUGGGAAAGGGAACGUGUUCGCAACGCAAUUCCACCCCGAGAAAUCCGGCGCCGCGGGGCUGAGAGUCAUCAAGGCGUUCCUUGAGGGCAACAUCUGGUCUGAUCCAGUGAUCCCAUCCAUUCCCGGGACUAGCUCUAGCUCAACAGCCAACGGCGCUGUGGUCGGGAGGACGACAGAUGGCGGAACAAACGGUCUAACCCGACGCAUCAUCGCCUGUCUGGACGUGCGGACCAACGACCAAGGCGACCUGGUGGUGACCAAGGGCGACCAGUACGACGUGCGCGAGAAGGCCGCCGCGUCGGGCCCAGGACAGGUGCGCAACCUGGGCAAACCGGUCGACAUGGCGCGGCGGUACUACGAACAGGGCGCCGACGAGAUCACGUUCCUGAAUAUCACGAGUUUCCGCGACUGUCCCAUCACGGAUUUGCCCAUGCUGGAGAUUUUGAGGAGGACGAGCGAGACGGUCUUCGUGCCACUCACCAUCGGGGGCGGGAUCCGCGACAUGACCGACCCGGCCACAGGCAAGAAUGUCUCAGCGCUCGACGUCGCCAAGCUGUACUUCGCUUCUGGGGCCGACAAGGUAUCCAUCGGCUCCGACGCCGUGCUCGCCGCAGAAGCAUACCACUCCUCCGGCGGCGUCCUCACGGGAAAGACCUCAAUCGAAACCAUCUCGGCCGCCUACGGCGCCCAAGCCGUCGUCGUGAGCGUCGACCCGAAACGCAUCUUCGUCCCCGGCGCCUCCCCCUCCUCCACCACCCACAAAACCAUCCGCACCGCCUUCCCCGACCCCCAGGGGAAUGAGUACGUGUGGUACGCAUGCACGAUCAAAGGCGGCCGUGAGACCCGCGACUUGGACGUCGUCCAGCUCUGCACGGCCGUGCAGGCCUUGGGCGCUGGCGAGAUCCUGUUGAAUGCGAUUGAUCGUGAUGGGAGUAAUCGCGGGUAUGAUCUCGAAUUGAUCGAUUUGGUUAAAGGCGCGGUGGAUGUGCCAGUGAUUGCGUCGUCGGGGGCGGGGAAUCCGGCGCAUUUUGAGGAGGUGUUUAGAGAGACCGGGGUUGAUGCUGCGCUGGGGGCGGGCAUGUUCCAUCGAGGCGAAUACACCGUUGCGCAAGUCAAGCAGCAUCUCGGCCAGCGGGGGCUGCUGGUCCGGCCGUUUGAGGAGUUUUGA